UUUCAAGUCAAAAGCAAGUACUUAAAAAAAGUAAAACAGUCAAAGUGUCAAUGUCACACGAAUUUAUAUAAGUUUGAAAAUGGUUUGAAAGUUUUGUAUCAACCGCUUGAUUGAAAUAUUAUAGUUCCUUAUUCAUUAGGCAGGUGCUCAAAUAAUCUAACAAACUUGACAAGAAUUAUAAAAAAGUAUUGCAACAAAAAUGUCAGCAUUGGGGAACCUUAGCCAAGGAAAUCAACAACAAGAUCUUCAAAAUGAACUUACGACAGCCAAUCAACUUCUAAGACUAAUAUCUGUAGAAUUACAACAAAUCAAACAUUUGACCAACCCCGCAGGAGAUUUUGCAGUUAAUAUAAAGAAGAAUGCAGAAAUCAUCAAAAAGCUAGCAAACCUUCAACAGGUAGACUUGGCGAAUAUACCCCCUUUUACUAGGAAAUAUAUAGAUCUGAAUGAGAAUGCAAACCAGAAUGUUUCUUAUGAGGAACACAAUACUUUCAGAAAUGAGUCUGAAAUGGAUGAAAGCCAGUGAAUGUAGAUGAAUUUAAAUAAGGGACUGAACCUGUUCUUAAUCUCUUGACUGUUGCUAAGGAAAACUCACUAAAAAUAUAUUCAGUCUUGCUUAACCUCC